AAAGUAGACUAGCUCUAGGAGUGCGUGAGCAACGCAGCUGCUGUGUUGAACUUAUUGAGAAGUUGUGAGGGGGACUGUUUCUCAAAGUUUCAUUUUCAAAAGAGCAACUGAGGAAGUGAUACCAAUGUGAUUUUAUUGCCGCAUAAGCUGCACCGUGCCGCGCUCUCCCCAAACCUGGUAACAACAGUGUACUUUCUGACCUUCAGCGGUUUCUCAGUCCAUCCUCAGCCAUGUGCACAGAAAUGUAGAGACCAGCGCGUGGAAGCCACCCAGAUCACUUUCAGCACUUUCUACACAAAGAGCCUCUCCACCCUUCGGGCUGGACUGUGCCUCGGCUGCAGCCCGCCCACCGCGGCCCCCGCGCCCCCCAGCCAUGGCGUCGCGGAUAGGGCUGCGUCUGCAGCUCAUGCGUGAUCAGUUGCAGCAGGAAGAGCAGCGGGAGCGGCAACAGCAGGCCGCAGCGCUCCACUACAUGCAACACCGCAUGCCCGUUCCUACCACACCCUCACCUGCCAUCAAUGCCCCUGCACACUAUCAACCUCCAAUGCAGGUGCCUGUGGAGGUGUUAAAGGUACAAACCCAUUUGGAAAACCCUACUGACUACCACAUCCGCCAGUCCCAGCGACAGCAGGUCAAAGAAUACCUCUCUACCACCUAUGCCACCAAGCAGGCGGUGCAUGCGGCGGCAGGUGUAGUACCACCCUCUCCGCCCACCAUGGCACAGACUCAGUCUGCUCCUCAACCUCGCAUACGCACUGAUCAGCUCAUGACCUCCUCUGGAAACAGCGCCCCCAACAGUCCGAUGGCCAUGCUCAACAUUGGCUCCAGUCACGAGAAUGAGAUGGAUGAGGUUAUUGAUGACAUAAUCAGCCUGCAAUCAAGUUAUGAUGACAUACAUGCCUAUAUUGACCCCGUGGGGCAAAUCCCAAACACUCUCCCCCUGUCCAGUAGCCACAUGGACGUGUACACUGGCCCAGGCAUGUCUGGCCCUACCAUCGCCAUGACGAGCAACUCCUGCCCUGCUAACCUGGCCAUAAAGAGAGAACUGUCAGAUGCAGAAGCUCGUGCAUUGGCGAAGGAAAGACAGAAGAAAGAUAACCACAACCUGAUUGAAAGGAGAAGAAGGUUCAACAUCAAUGACCGUAUCAAAGAGCUUGGCACCAUGAUUCCUAAAACCAAUGACCUUGAUGUCCGCUGGAAUAAAGGUACCAUUCUGAGGGCUUCUGUAGAGUAUAUCAAGCGCAUGCAGAAGGACAUCCAGAGGACUCGAGAGGUAGAGAACAAUUUUAAGAGAAUGGAGAUGGCCAACAAACAGCUGUGGCUGCGCAUCCAGGAGUUGGAGAUGCAGGCCAGGCUGCACGGCCUGCCCAGUAAUUCUCCGUCAGGUCUGAACUGUGCUGAACUUCUAAACCCUUUCGUGAAGCAGGAGAACAGCCCAGAGGAGAACCACCACGUACAUCACGGCCAUCACCUUCACUCCCAGCAUCAGCAGCAGCAGCAGCAGCAGCAGCAGGGCCAGCCUCAGCAGCCCAGAGGCCUGCCCCCGCUACCCCAGCACCUCCACCCCCAGCCUCCUCUGCAGUACCCAGCGGUGGGUAGCUCCCAGCACUUUGACUUUGCCCAGUCGCUAGACUUGUGCGACAGCGGCGUGGUGGGCUACCCGGAUGGCAUGGGGGGUCUGGGAGAUCAUCUGGGCCAUCUAGGAGGACCUCCGCCAGGGAAGAAGAACGAGCUGGGCUUCAUGCUGAUGGACGAAGCGCUGUCGCCCCUCGGAGGAGACCCGCUGCUCUCCGCCAUGUCCCCAGAGGCAUCCGUGGACAGCAGCCGCCGUAGCAGCUUCAGCAUAGAGGACUCAGACAUACUGUGACCUCUCGCUCUCUCCCCGACUAGCUCUCACUGUAUAUUCCCACAUGUGCAUACAAACACACACACACACAUGCAUGCGCACACACACACACACACACACAUACACACACACCCCUAUACACUCACUGAAAAUCUAAGGGCAGAAUAUAUCACGACCUCUCUUGCAGCCUAUUUGUUUCAGCACUAGGCAGGUGACAAGGCAGAUUUGACAAAUGCAAACACACAUACACACAGAUACAUACACGUCUCCGUUAAGACAAAUAGAACUCUGGUAGACUUAAAUACUUUCCCUGUCUCAUUUCAGGUUUAUAGAGAGAGCACACUUGACCCAGAAGUCUGUACACAGACAGAAACUUACACAACUGCACAAAAGGGCUAUACCUGCAACAUGCACACACUAUAGCACACAUCAAUACCCUAUGACAACAUAUGUUUGAUUAUACCGGAAUAUUGUUUGUGUGAGGACUUGAAAUAUCCUUCAAGCCUUGCCUCUAGUCUAUCUAUAUGUGUCUAUACACAAACACAGACACGCAGCACACAACGCUUUUUCACUCACCGGCAUUUGUGCCUCAAAAUUGACAGAGGGGGGUUCCUGCUCUGAGAAGGGAAACGGUAUCUGCCCCAGCUGUAGCAUCGCCCACGAUACCCCUUGCAUUAACAGUAUCUGUCAGAUCCACAUUCGGAUAUGUAAAUAUCAGUGAUGCUUAGCUCUGCCUCCUGUAGCCCUCGCCUUAACUUUUCAGCAGAAGCACUCCGCCUUGUCUGGCCGCUGAAGCAGACAUCCUAGAGGGAAGCUAGUGAAUAACCCAAAGGCAUUUUCUCUUCCAGCCAAAAAUACAGAAGUCAUCAGUUGACUGCGCCAAAUACAGACAGAAUCAGAACGAGUCAAACCGGAAGACGUCACGUUUGUUGAUCACAUGGUACUGUAAUGUAGAUCUUGGGUGACAGCUGGUUAAACCCAAUGACACAUUCUGAUCACUCAGGUGUUGGCUUCCCCAAACAGGAAGCGGCCUCCAAAAACUCGUAUAAGGAAGCGAUAGACCUGCCAAAUUGCCUCAUUUUGAUUGUCUGUGCCAGUCUUGAUCUAAGGCUUGUGUGGUUUAGCCAGGCAGUCAGGAAGCCUGACCAGGUACUACUGUAGCAUUGUACUCCAUAAAGAUAGAAUAGCCGCCCAUUGCAUAACUUAAACAGUAACAGUCUGUCGCAUUGCUUAUAGAGAAGGCAGUUUUCCUCAGGGCCAGGUACUUUAGUGUGCCCUGUAGCCAAGGUCAGAUCAGCUCUUUGAAGCAUACACUCCAAAGUUCACUUGUCAAAGUCUGUGGGUUUAAUCAGUCAAACAACUAGUCUCACAACUCAAUUACAUACGCUAUUCAAAAGUUGAUGUAUCAAAGUUGAAUUUGAUAUGGCUUUUAAACUGUAUGCAAAGAAAGCAGAAAAAUGAUGAAGGUGAAGAUAUAUGUAUUCUUUACAGUGGAUUGUCAUUUUGUUAUGUCCCAAAGCACUGGAGAGAAAAAAACAAAAAAACAAAACAAAACAAAAAAAAAAAAGUCUUUUAAGUUGAAUGACUUUAUAUAAAACAUUUUAUGAACUGAGUUUUCUUUCAGAUGUUUUAUGCCUCUAAGCCACUUAAAUGUAUUUUGUAUUUGUCCUUUAUAUUUUAUUUCAUCUACCAAAAUGACAUUUUCUAGUAGCACAGAGCCAUUUAUGAAAGUAUGAAAAUAUUUAAACCACUGGCCUUGUGAUACACUGCUGGUGAAGAGCCAUAUUAUAUAUUCUCCUUUCAUGUAAACCAUCAU